GCACUUUGCUGGGUGAGGGUAGAUGCUGAUUGCCACAUGCUGGUGCUGACCGGCAAUGGUGGUCCGAGGUGGUCGGCAGUGAUCUACAGGUCCACCUACAACCAGGACACUGGUGAAUUAGUGCAUGAAGAGGCAAUUGUUCCCGGAACGCCUCAAGAACAUUUGCAUCGGUUGAUUGACAAGACCGACCGGAUGGAGACCCACCUUUGGUACAUCCCGGAUCCCAUCGAGGUUGGCAAUGUGGUUGCGCUCAAGAAGAUGGUGCAGCCUUCGAAGUCGCAAAUUCGAGAGCAUGAGCUGCAGAACCAUGCUGUGUUCGUGACUGGUGCAAGGUUUGCAUUGAAGCUCGUGCUACAUGCAGUGGCUUUGCCGUCCAAAGAGAACACCGAGUACGUCCAGAAGGUCUUCCAGAGGUUCAUUGAGGAGUUGGGGCACAAGAGGUUCAUCAACUUUUCAGACAAUGAGCCAUCCAUUUUGGCAUUCAAGGAGUCGGUCACUCAACGUCUCAAAGGAUGUGAUGCGAUUCCACGUUCCUGUCCUGUUGGAGAUCAUGCAGCCAACGGGGUGAUUGAAGUUGGAGUUCGAGAGCUGAAGCGCCAGAUGCGCGCGAUCAGGUUCAGCCUGGAGAGCAAGCUGGGGAGGAAGACGCCCUAUGAGCGGGAGUUCGGCCGCAAGUGGAAUCGGCCGGCUUUGGAGUUUGGAGAGCUGGUCUACAUCAGAGAGGCUGAGGAGAGGACCGGCAAGAAAGAUUGGCAGGAGAGACUGACCAAGGACGAUCGUUGGAGCCGAGAUGGGCUCGAGGACAUCGGAGCCUUGCCCUGGGAUUUGAAGUCGAGGGCAUCUCAGGAUGCUGGGACGAGGUUGGUGGAGCAGGCUGAGAAGAGGGUUCGCCUUCCACCUCCACUUCCAGAAACGCCUGAUGCCAGGGGAUUCUAUGUGACCAAGAAGGACAUCAGUGACCAUGGCUACACAGCUGGUUGCCGAGGAUGUGAUGCAGUGCGGGCUGGCCGCACUCCAGUGGCCCACAGUGAGGCCUGUCGCAAAAGGAUCAUUGGCUUGGUUGACGAGUCCAGGGUGAAGAAGCAUGCAGAGAGGGUUCAGUCAAGGUAUGAACUUCGUGAGGAGCAUGAAGCCAAGAAGGCGAAGUUGGAGGAUGCUGCAAGUCCGAGAGCCGUGCAGCAAGUGAGCCACAGGCGAUUGAAAGUUCGCCUGCUGGAGUCAAGCGAUCUGAGGUACAAGAGAGAGGCUGAGGUUCCAGCAGAGGCUUUGGACCCUCGAGCUGCAGGAGAUCCGGCAGCUGAGGCCAGUGGAGAGUCUUUGAGCUUGCCGGCGACGGCAGAAGUUGUGGUGCAGCCAGCAUAUUCUACGGUUGAGGAUGUCUUGGCUCGUGGUGGAGACGGGCCUUCAUCAAGUUCAGCAGGAGCUCGAGAUGUUCCAGAUGCGUCGAGCUUGGAGUUCAUCGGCCUGGAGGACUGUGAGGUCAGCAUGAGCCAGGGCAAGUGGCAUGAGGUCAACGCUUUGGAGAGAGUUCAGAGGAUGAUUGAAGCCAAGAAGGUUGAGAUCGGCAACUCUCCCGAUUGGAAAGUUGAUGUGGCGGAAAUCUUCAGUCCGCCGAGGUUCACUCAACAUGCUGGCCGGCUUGGAUUGAAGCCGGGAUUUGCCAUAGACCUUUCUACCGGCUGGGGUCUUGAUCGGCCGGAGGAUGUCAUCAAGAUGGACAAGAUGAUUGAGGAGCAGCCGCCGCUUUUGCUCACUGGGGGUUUUGACUGCGCUCCCUUCAGAGUUCUGAGGAACAUCAACAGGAGCUACCUCAACACCAAGGAGAAUGUGGAGAAGCGGCAGAAGGGUGAGAACCAUUUGAGUCUUUGCAUUGAGAGGUACCGCAGGCAGAUCAAGAAGAAAAGGUACUUCUUGCACGAGCAUCCAGCUGGUGCUGACAGCUGGGAUGAGGAGGAAAUUCAACGUCUUCAACAAGAACCAGAUGUUUUCACAGUAGCUGGCCCGAUGUGUGCAUGGGGCAUGACCAUCCAUGCCAAGCGGAAAGGGAGUGAGUUGGUCUACAAGGACACCAAGUGGGUGACCAACUCGCCGGAGAUCGCAGAAGUUCUGGAUCAACAUUGUCGCAAUAGACGUGGAGGUCCUAUCCACCGCCAUGUGGCACUCAUUGGCGGGCUGGCAAAACUUGCAGAAGCAUACCCAGAUGAGCUCGUCGUCUCGGUCUUGGAGGGCUUGAGGCGGCAGAUGAAAGCUGAUGGAUCAUUGAGCUCCAUCGAGAUGUAUGCGAGCGGACCUGAUCCCACGGAGCAUCUAUUUCCUGAAGAAAGUCAUCAAGCUGUCGACGAGGAGCUGGAAAAGUACUACGAUGUCAUCAGUGGUGAAGAGCUUCCAGCCAACUUGGUCAGAGAUGCAAGGUCAGUGGCUCAGCAAAGGGGAAAGACAGUGCUUCCUGUGCGCUGGGUCGAUGUCAACAAAGGAGAUCGAUCCCGAAUGAAGUUGAGAAGUCGAAUUGUUGAAAAAGAGCUCAAGGCACGUACCAAGGAAUCACUCUUGGCACAUGAGUUGUUCAGUGCAACCCCUCCAUGGGAGCUUGUCAAGUCCCUGUUCAGCCUUCUUGUCACCGACCUUCCUCAACAUGUCGGUGGCGGCCACGAGAUGUGCAUUGGGGUGUUCGACAUCAGCAGGGCGCAUUUCAUGCCGAAGUGCCAGCGGGAGUUCUAUGUGGAGAUCCCUGCAGAAGAUCGUGGUCCUGGAGAAGAAGACUAUGUUGGUCGAUUGAAUCGUGGGAUGUAUGGAUUUCGAGAUGCCAGCAAUGCAUGGAUGAAAGAUUGGCAAGAGCUACUUGCAGAAGGUGGAAAUCAAGUUGGAGUGGCCAAUCCGGCUUUGUUCUUUAACGAGGCCGAGUUCCCUCGAGAUGCAGUUCAUGGAGAUGAUUUCUACGUUUUGGGGCCCGUGGCAGCCAUUGACAAGAUGAAGGAGCUGCUGGGUUCCAAGUACCAGAUGCGGGAGUCACAUCGCCUUGGAUUCACAGAUGGAUGUGUCCGUGUGGCAACAGUGCUGAAUCGGAUAGUCACUUUGGGCUUUGAAGAUGGACGACGCUUUGUCCAGAUCGAACCAGAUCGUCGUCAUGUGGAGCUGAUCGUGGAGGCAGUUGGAACGAAGUUGGAUGGGUCGAAUGGUGUCACCACACCUUCCGUUCGACAGACAGAUGCUUCAGCUGAUUCUUUGAAGAGUUCUCCGUUGCUUGGUGCUGCGGAUGCUAGCCGAUACAGGUCAGCGGUGAUGAGAGCCAGUUUUCUUUCACAGGAGAGAGCAGACAUUGCAGAGACGGUCAAGAGGUUGGCUCAGGGGAUGUCUUCACCUCGCCUUGGACAUUGGGAGCUUUUGAAGAGGCUUGCGAUGUUCCUCAUUUACAAGCCGGACAAGAGUUUUGUUUUUCGUCAGCAAUCAAUGCCAGAUGCACUUCAGAUCUAUGUCGACUCAGACUUCGCCGGAAGUCGCACAGACCGAAAGUCUACGACUGGAAUGGUUCAGACUUUUGGUACCCACAUGAUCAAGGCUUCGAGCAAUUUGCAGAGUGUGGUGGGACUGAACGUCUCAGAGUCGGAGUUUUACGCUCUGGUCCAUGGUGCUUCACACGGGCUAGGGUUGCAGGCCUACUUCCUCGACAUCGGCAUCAAGGUGGGCCUGGUGAUUCUUUCCGAUUCAACCUCUGCAAAGAGCUUUGCGAGCAGACGUGGGCUUGGAAAGCAGCGGCAUGUGAUGACGCGCUUUCUUUUGUUGCAACAAGUGGUU